AUCGAUCUAUUGAAUUUGGAAGUGCAGCUACUGUGACAAAAUGAUUUAUAAAACAGUUUUCGUUUUACGCUUAUUAUCUUUUCUUUUCCUAAUAAGAUAAUCGUCAGAGUUUAGAAUGGUUUGCAGAUCUUAAGAUUUUCUUGUGGUUAAUCAUGAGUGGUGACAUUCAUCACCCAACCUCCAACAACGUUAGUGAUGGCCUCUGUGAAACUGCAACAGAAGAAACUCUUAUGAUAAUAAAUCAGCAGUGCCAACAAAUUGAAGACCUUAAAAAUAAACUUGAUACCGUGAUGACAGAACGAGAUCUUUUGCUUUGUGAAGUUAGCAGAUUGAAAUUUGAACUGGAAAUUGCAGACCUCAAAAGGAUUCAUGAUGACAGAAUUGGAAUGGCCAAGGAACGUAAUGCACAGACUUUUGUAUCUUGCAGCAUCAAUGGAACAAUUGCCAAAGAAGGGGAAGAGUCCAGGCAAGAUGGGGUGUUCCCUUGCCAUGGCUGGUCCCAGGGACUUUCCAAGAAAGGAUCGAUUCGUAGCAGUAGUGAUAUCAUCAAGCGCUCUCGUAUUCAAAAUGUGUACGAGCUAUCACAGGAUCUGUUAGAUAAGCAGAUUGAAAUGCUGGAGAGAAAGUACGGCGGGGUAAAAGCCAGACAUGCAGCUCUGACAAUCCAGCGCGCCUUCCGCCGCUUCACCUUGCUCAAAAAGUUUGCUGCAAUCACGGCGAUGGCCAAGGCGGAAAAGAGACUCAGUCGACGGCUGGUGGGUUUUGCCGAAGAGUCUAAUGAAAAUCAUUCACAUCGCUUACAAUUGGACGGUUACCUUCCCCCUGGCCCCCCGUCAAUGCCGCUGAGGUCAAUGUCCAUGAGGGAAAGACGCAAUGUACCCAAUGUGCCCUCGCCUACCACACUAAUGCCUCGAUCACACUCUGGUCACUACUGCUGUGAUGUCCCUCACCCCUUAUAUUAUGCCCCACAGAACAUCUAUAUGGAAAUGACAAAGGAGAAUGACAUGAGACAGGGUGAUGUCAUGGUCACUUCCACAUCUUCCCCAAGUUCUGAAAACAGUUACCAUCCCAUGCCCCAGAAGUAUCCUGGCAAUGGGAACAGCCAUAGUCGCAGAGUUCCACCAGAGGUACCCAAGAGAACUUCGUCCAUUUCUUUGCGCUCUUUGGACCACCCUAGUCCAGCUGCCCUUAUCAAAACAUCAGACAGUGGAAGCCUUUCCAGUGUACAGUCAAGUGGUAGUGACUCCAGUAAUGUUGCGCUAAUGCCUCCCCCCUCCAACUUGUGGACGAAGAAGUCUCAACAGCCAGGGUCUCCAGACCACCAGUCCCAGUCCAAUCUGGUGAAAGAUUCCGCUGGCAGUCAAGGUUUUCCUCACGAACAACACAAUUUUUACAAGGCAUCAGAGAUGGUACGUAAGAGGCAGUACCGGGUCGGACUCAACUUGUUCAACAAGAAGCCCGAGAGAGGAAUCUCAUACCUUGUGCGUCAAGGCUUCCUAGAAAACUCACCUCAAAGUGUUGCGAGGUUCCUCAUAUCUCGCAAGGGUCUGAGCAAACAAAUGAUUGGAGAAUAUCUCGGAAAUCUGCAGAACUCUUUUAACAGCGAAGUGUUAGGGUAUUUUGCUCAAGAGUUGGAUCUAUCGGGGAUGCAGGUGGAUGUGGCUCUCCGCAAGUUUCAGACAUACUUUCGUAUGCCAGGAGAGGCGCAGAAGAUAGAGAGGCUGAUGGAAGUGUUUAGUCACAGAUAUUGCCACUGUAACCGUGACGUUGUGGCGAGACUGAGGAAUAUGGAUACCAUUUUUGUGCUGGCAUUUGCCAUCAUCAUGUUGAACACCGACCUGCAUACUCCGAAUAUUAAACCUGAACGCCGUAUGAAGCUAGACGAUUUUAUUAAAAAUCUCAGAGGCAUUGACGAUUGCUGUGACAUAGAUAGAGACAUGCUGGUGGGCAUCUACGAGCGUGUCAAAGCAAAUGAGUUCAAACCUGGCUCUGACCAUGUCACUCAAGUACUCAAAGUUCAGUCUACAAUUGUUGGGAAAAAACCGAAUAUGGCUUUGCCCCAUCGAAGACUUGUUUGCUACUGUCGGCUAUAUGAAGUGCCAGACGUCAACAAAAAGGAAAGGCCUGGAGUCCAUCAAAGGGAGGUCUUCUUGUUUAACGACUUACUUGUUAUUACCAAAAUUCUGAGUAAGAAGAAGAGUUCAGUUACCUACACAUUCCGACAGAGCUUCUCUCUUCAAGGCCUAGUUGUUACUCUAUUUCAAGUGCCAUACUACGCAUACGGGAUCAAACUUUCUCAGCGGGUGGACAGUCACACGCUGAUCAUCUUCAAUGCCCGCAACGACCACGAUCGCUGCAAGUUCGCUGAGGAUAUGCGGGAAAGUAUUAGUGAGAUGGACGAGAUGGAAAGUCUGCGGAUAGAAGCAGAACUGGAACGUCAAAAGAGCAACCGUGGUGGAAGGUCUGGUGGCAGUGGGGGAGUAGAGAACAGAGACAGUGGUGUGGCCGACGUAGAGGUGUGUCCAUGUAUACAGUCUCCAGUCAACAACAAUCCUCCCGAUACCAAGCCUAUCUCCGUCGAGCUACCUCACUCUUCACAACUUAAGCGUUCUGCCCUCAGCAAUUCCUUACUUGAUAUUCAUGACCAGUUUGUAGGAGAGAAGGCCACAUGUCAGCGCAGAGGUAGCGUGGGGUCACUAGACUCUGGCAUGUCUGUCAGUUUCCAAUCCACGUCAGCGUCAACAGUCAGUCGAGACUCCUCUCCGCACUGCAAGGCGGGAGGUCCACCCAAGCAUCAGCAGAGUUUUCUAGGAGGUCUCUUCGCCAAGAGAGAGCGCAAAGCCUCCCGCGCUGAGGAGUUUGCCCGAGCAACACAAGUUUAACAUUCAGAGAAGAGGGGUUCCGUCUCCUCCCUCGCAGUCCAAUUUUUCAGAAGAAAGAGUUCUACCGUUCCGUCAGAUUUUCAGACUAAUUAAUAUUCGACUAGCGAGCGCUCUAUUUUUUAUAUUUGGAUUUUUUAACUAAACUCGUCUGAUAUUCCGAGUUCGUAUUUCAAAGCAGGUGUGUUCAUAAACUUCUUUGUCACCGAAGUUUUGAGUUAUCUAUUUUUUGUAGGUUAGAUUUUUCCGAUCUGUACAUUUCAAUGUAAAAGUGUAUAAAAUACAAAUUACAGCUUAGGAUUUAUGAGUAUUGAGCUCGAAUGUGAUAGUUUCUCAAAUCCCUAUAGACGGUUUUGUUAGGAGAGAUUCUUUUCUAAGAACAAACUGAUUCGAUGAAGACUGAAGUCAAAAGGUUGUUACAAUGGUAUUUUUAGAGAAGACAGUUCUUACCAGUGCCAAUCAAGAACUAAACAAGGAUACCAAAGUAUUGGUUUUUUGUCAUUUUUGAGCUUGAAACGAGAAAAAUCUACAAACGUCUAGUGUUGUAUUUUUAUCAUCAUAAAUUCGAGUUCCCGUCCUAUGUACAAUUAUAUUGUUCACUUUGUCUCAUAUAAUCGGUGUAACACAAUACUGGUUUAGUCAUAUAGAGGGACUUUAAUGAAUUAUUGUAGAUUUUCAAAUCCUGUGUGUAGCAAUAUCUUUGUUUUAGUCAUAAGUAUUUUUUUAGUUUACGUAAAAAUUGGUUUUUCAUAACUAACAUUUUGUAAAAUAACUACAAAGCUUUAUGUAUCUCGAUAUUGUACUGAUUAGUGUUUAAACACCGUUGUGUUUGUAUUUAGGUAUUAUUGUUUGUUACAAUUAUGAUUCCACAUUUAAAAGUAUAUUUUUCACAUGUUAAUACAAAUAUCUUUUUAAAACAGUAGAAACGAGAUUUUACAAAAACCAUUUAUUGAAUUUGUACAAAAAAUUACAAAUAGAUUGAACACUGAGCUAUAAGAAAUAUAAGUAAUUCUUAGUAACAUCUUUAAAACAUUAAGUACAUGGUGCCUUCUUUUUCUUGGAAUGCCAAGUGUACAUUUCUAUAGCAAAUUUGUUUCCUGUUUAAUAAAUAAUGUAAUUAAGAACAUUCAAUUUUUUGGCUGAAUCUCCUAUGUGGUUAAAAUACAUCUCUUUAUAUUUAUGUGUUUACUGUACAUCAUUACAUCAAAUUCAUCCUUCAACUCUAAACACUCAAGAAAUUUAUGUGUUUGACUAAUCAUAAAAAAGUUUGUUAAAACUGCUCUUGUCUUAGUUUUAACGUCUUUAGUCAUGUAAUCUGUGUAUGUAGUUUUUUUUAUAAAUAUGCCUUAGAUUAAUUUUUUUAUUUGGUGUUAUUUAAUUCUAAAAUAGUCUCAAGUAAUGUUAAGUUACCUUGAUAUUUUUUGUAUUGUUUUGAGAAAACUGAUAGAAAAUAUAGUCAGGAUAUUAAACACACCCUUUCACCUUAAAUUUCUUUAUAAAAAAGAGUUUAACAUCUCUAAAAGAAAUAAUAAAAGUACACUGAUAUGAAUCGGUUUGUCUGUAACUAUAAAUCGACCACCAACAAAUUGAGGCUUGAUUUGGACAAAAUCUCCACAUUUAAUAUUUUUCAAAAUAAUAAUACAAGAAGCUUAAAAAAGUAGAUAAUCAGGUUAGCUUCAGUCCAUUUGAUUAUUUAAAUUUCAAAUAUUUUUUUACCAUGCAACAUGUUUAUAUCAUUUAAUUUUACAUGUUAAAAGGUCAAAACAAUUUAUUUCCUGUCCGAGGGAUUGUCUCAAAAGUUUUUUACUCCAAGAAUCAUAUUUAUUUCGUUUUUGCUCUUUCUGUGUGAAUGUUUUCUUAUCCUAUAAAGUGUUAUGUCAAAUCAAAUAUUACAUAAAUCUGAAAUAACAGUAAAACUAAGCCUCAACAUUUUGUAUUUGUUACUCACUUGUUGAUUAAAUUAAUCUUAACACCAAAAUUUUUCAAAAUAUUUAUUGGUGGAUUGAUUUUUAGUGUUAUUCCUUGCGAUAAAGCGUACAGUUAAUUACACUCAGUGCAAAUCAAUUUUAUAUAUAUUCCAUUGCGGUAAAAUUGUGUAUCUGUUUGCACAGUAUUUUCUUCCCAUUUAUUUUCCAUGUUCUUACAAUAUGCUCGAAAAUAAAUUGUGCUGAAAUUGUAAGAUUUAUCUAUUUCAAGAUUCAAAUAGUCUUUAUUCAAUAUAUAACAUGUAUAAAACAUACAUGUAUCUGAAAAGAGUCAAAAUCUAUAUAUAAAUCAUAUACAUUAAAACAUAAAUCUACGCAAAUGUCCAUUAUGAGAAGUAAACGGAAAUUCAAAUUAAAUAUUUUUUUUAUCUACAAAUUUGUUUAAUGAAUAAAAAGGAUUUUUUAUUUAGAUUACUGACUUGAUUGUUUACAACAUAUACAAGUCGAAGUUAGCAAAUUCAGUUAGACUCAGGUAACAACGUGUUCAAUAUAAUACGUCAUCCAUUCAAUUUGAAACUAUAUUCUUAGUGUUCUUGAAGAUUAUGUAUAGUUUUGGUUAAUUUGUUUAAAGAGAUGGGGUGGUCUCUAACAGUUUCUAGAAAUAAAUUUGAUGAUUUUCAUUUGUAAAGACAGUAGUAUGAUGGUUACCCGUGACAAAAAAUAAUGCUCUUUUUAGUUAGUUAGCAACAUGUCCGCAAAAACAUACCUCAAAUGAAAGAGAAGUAUUUAAAAAACACAGUAAACUGUAACAAUCAUAAGUUGAAAUAACUGAUCUAGUAAAAACUCCAGUUGAUAUAGGUUUCAACGCCAUUUAUUUUGGUGCAUAUUGUAUUUAAUGUUUAUAUUUGGUAUCACAAUACUAAAUUCAACCUUACAGUUAAAUAAGUAUAUUUUUCCUUGUGUUGUUAUGAAUUGUGUAACUAGUUUAAAGUUUAUGUUUGUUACUAAUCAAACAUUGUGUUAAUAUUACUAAUGAAAUAAAAAAGUGACAUUUGGUGUAAGAGUUUGAGAGAUAACUUGUUUGGUUAACCAGUAGGAUCGAUAUGUAUAAUUUAUAUUUCUUUUUAGAUCUGAUAAUAUUCAUUAUUCUUGUUAGUUUCGGUUUUUAUUGUUACAAUAUAAUAUUGUUGGAUUUCCUUAAUCUCCGUAAAAUGGGAAAUUUCAUAGUCUCUUGCAACAACUGCAAAUAGGCUUACCAUGCAUAAAUAGUUUGCAAGCUAAAACUUUGGUCAAAAAUUAUUUUCACUUUUCUCACUUUCACAGUAAUUUAAAGAAAACCAAUGUAAAAACCUUUAAACAAUUUACUGAUGAUGAAUUUUUAUUAUUUUACUAGAUGGUUCUGUGAUGCGAUGAAUUACUUAAAACCAAAGGUCAAAUUUAUUUGUAUUAAGCUAGUCGUUUUGUCACCUACAUCUUCAACCAUGUAAUAUAAUCUGUUAUUAGAUUUAAUUCAUUUAACUAGUCUAUCUGUGUAAUUACCAACUAGUGUAAAGUAUAUAUACAUAAUACACCUUGUGUAUAUGCAUAUUAUGUAUAUAUAUAACCGUAUUUAAUAUUGUAAUUUUAAAUUAACCUAAGCGUGGUAAGUAAGAGGGUUUGUACCUCAAAUCGUCAUUUGUUAGACAUGAUAUUUUUUUAUGAUGUAGUGGUUUUGUCUACUUACUAUCGACAAAGUGGUCUUUAUUUUGCUAACUUAUGUUAUGCUAACAAUGAUUUCAAAUAAAUACUUUUGGUAAAUUCUCAUAUUUGUAACUCACUAGUUUUUUAAUCCAAGAUAUGUAUUAUUUUGAAAACUAAAUCUACAUUAACUAUAGUAAUUUAAUUCUUAGUUCAACUUUCUUUGUUGUGAUUGAGCUUAUGGAACUUGUACUAAGG